UUCAUUCGUUUGAUAUUGCUUUUCCUCUGUACUGUAUUCUACAGUCAAUAUAGGGCUAUCAACAAUAAUCUAUUCCACUCUCUCUCUCGUCACACCUGAGCGAGCCGCGCUGGGGGUGUCCACGCAUGCGCACCACUCUCCCUACGCACUCCCGCUCAACCGGUGUCGGGAGAAGCUCGUGCCAGUUCUACGGGUAGGUCCGUAGGAGAGGUCUGCGCUUUGUGCGCUGGCAAAUGAUCCGUUUCUUCUCCUGCUAUACCGAACUCCAUUCUCCUCGGUUUGACUAGGAAUAUAUCUGCGCGUGCAUGCCCCGAUUUAACGCAGCUGGGAUGCAUGUGAUGAGCAGAAUCUCUCCAGCCAAUGAGAAAAGAGUUUCCAGGAAGUGGAUGCGGUUGAAGUUAUGUCUCUGCCCCCUGCCUCUACAAUUCCCGUCCCUGAUGGCAACAAGACGGGCCCUCCUCCCCCGCCUCCUCCCCCCUGUGGCCCUCCUCCCCCGCCUCCUCCACCCGGUGUGGGAGACCCCGUAGGUGGGAUAAAGAAGAGGAGGGUCCGGAGUUUCUUCUGGAAACCCAUACCUGAAGACCAGGUGAAGGGGCGGGCCAACCUGUGGACACAGCUUCCUGUGCAGCAGCAGCAGUACUACAUAGACGUCCAGACCAUCGAGGAGCUGUUUAGUCAGACGGACUGUCAAUCAUCUGGGGUUACCUCUGUGACUCGAGGGGGGAAGGCCCGAGGCUCCCUCAGAGAGACCAAAGAUGAGAUCAGUAUCCUGGACUUGAAGAGAGGGAUGAAUGUGGGAAUUUACCUCAAACAGUUCAAGAAGUCCAACCAGGACAUAAUAGAGGAUAUUCGCUAUGGCAACAGUCAGUCAUACGGAGCGGAGCUUCUUAAAGAGCUGCUCAAACUACUACCUGAGACCGAAGAGGUGAAGAAACUUAAAGCGUUCCGAGGCGACCCCUCUAAACUCUCAUUGGCCGAUUCCUUCAUGUUCCUGCUCACCCAAGUGCCCAGUUUCGAGGUGCGUAUCAAGGCCAUGGUUCUUAGAGAAGAGUUUCCCCCAGCCUGUGAGAACAUGAGUCGCGACAUCGAUUCCCUACGAACCGCCACAAAAGAGCUGCUAAGCUGUGAGGAGCUUCAUGCCAUCCUACACCUGGUGCUACAGGCUGGAAACAUCCUCAAUGCUGGGGGUUAUGCUGGUAAUGCUGUGGGGUUCAAGCUGUCCUCUCUCCUGUCUCUGGCUGAUACCAAGGCCAACAAACCUGGCAUGAACCUGCUGCACUUUGUAGCUCUGGAAGCACAGAAGAAGGAUGAUAAACUUCUAGAGUUUCCUGGUAAACUUCAGCAUGUCCAGUAUGCAGCACGGAUAUCAGUGGAGAACGUGGAUGCAGAGUUCGAGUCGUUGUCGUCUCGCACGCGCUCAGUAGAGGAGAGCAUCCAGGGAGAGACGGAGCUGCUGCUGCAGCUGGACCACUUCCUACAGAAUUCGACAGCAGCCCUGGUUGAGUUGCGAAGGCAGCGACAGGAGUUAAGGAACGAAGGGAACAUUCUGAUCGACUUCUUCUGCGAAGACAGAGAGUCCUUCAGGCUGGACGAGUGUUUCAAAGUCUUCCAAGACUUCUGCCUGAAGUUUCAGAAAGCAGUCAGGGACAACCUGGAGCGUGAGCUGAAGGAGGUGUCUCAUCGUCGGAUACAGGAGCUCGAGGAGAAACGCCACUCGUGGGCGGGCGGAGAGGAGGUGGGCGGGGUCUUCGGAAUGCGCAGCAGCAGCGAGACGGACAUAGAGGUGGCCCUAUCCCAGGAGGAGGGGCUUAUCGAGCUUCUCAAGUCCCGCCCGUGCUCGCCGCACAGCCCCCAGAAUGCACUGAGGCGUUCCGGAAGCGUCCGCCGUUCUCGCGGCUCUGCAUCUGCCGCGGCUGACCGUCAGCUGACUAGCCUGCUAACUCUAGGCAUCACCUCUGACCUUCAGGUCGUAGGGGGGUCACCGAAUCCCGGGCGCCGACUAUGGAGGGGCGCCGAGCAGCGGGAUUCCUCCCCCAUGAGGUCACCUGAAACUGGGCUGAGGAGUCCCAACAUCUCCCCUCUGACCAGACUUCAGCCUCAGAGACCUGCGGGUCACACUCAACCCCAGAAUCAGCACCCUCAGGUAGACUGGCCCGGUCCACACUCCCCCUCCUCUAGACCCACCUCCUUAGGACCGAGGCACAGUCACCAUAAACCUCAACCUGGCAUCAACUCAAAUCACAGCCCUCAGACAGCAACCGUUGACCACAAACCACAAAGCACAGACCUGAACCAGACCCCUGACCCUGACCACAACCAAUCCAGUGGUCUGACCGUCGACCUUGAACGACAUACUCUGGUUCCUAAGCUCCGAGCGUUCGACCUCGUCUUGACCCCACACGGUCACGACCAGGGAGAUGUCGUCACCGACACAGACCUGGAGAAAGAGAUUCCCAGAGACUCUAUCCUCACGGAUACACAGAAGAAUCCCCAAGGGCGUUCUGAGGGGCGGGAAGAGAGGGAGAGGUCCGACUCUUCCAGACAGCGGGAGGAAGAGGUGGAUGAGAAUGGGAGGAUAGUGGCUGCAGGGAUAGUGAAUGAGGAGCCUUCUGUGGGUGAAGUAGAGGAGAAGAGGGUAGAACAGGAGGAGGAGAAGGGUGUGUCUCGGACAGAGACGUUGACUGCAGAUUGUCGUACUGAUCGAUCUCCAUCCACAGCUAUUCUAGACCUCUCGUCACAUGCACAGAGCGGUGAUAACCCCACACACACUGACGAGGCUGAGAGUCCAGCACACCAGGUAUCCGCUUCUUCUAUGGGUGAGUCCCCAGCCAAUAGCAUGCCUUCAGAAUCUCAACCCACCAAUGAGUACUCAGUGCCUGUAUCCACCACUGACCAAUCAGUGCCUGUUUCCUCCGAUGAAUCAUCGGUUCCAGCAGUGUCUACCUCCGCCAAUGAGCUGCCUGCGUCAGUCACCGCUGGUGCCUCUGAUAGGUCAGCCCAGGGUACGAAUCCCAAGACCAGCCAGGUGGCUAAGCCUUCCAGACCCCCCUCGACCACCAGCGGGCGAAAGACUGUCAUCCGCACCCUCAACUCCUCAGAGAACCAGGGCAUGAGGCGUGUGGUCCCUAUCUUCAAGGCCAGUCGAAGUGGCUCGAUCCCGGGUAAACAGGUGGAGAAAUCCCCUGGCCACCAGAGCUCUGGUCCACGGACCACCACCACCACCUCCUCUAACCCAGCCGACCGCUCUCUUAGACGGGCAGAGAGGAGCUCCGCCACACCCCGUCGCAAUAGCCUCCAGGUCGACGACCCCAAGGCCGAGUCUGUGACCACCACGGGUGUCCACGGCAAUGCCCGAGACCAACCCCAACCUUCCAACCUCCAGAGGAAGCCGUCCUUCCGAAAGCCUCUCCGCCCCGUCGCCCCCAGACCGCCCCCAGAGGAAAAGAUGUGCCGUUCCACCCUCCGAGCCCUCGCCGCCGCCGGUGGGGCUGUUCCAACAGCGGGGGGUGGAGGAGGUAACAGCCUCAGUGCCCCCCCGACCCCCUCCCACCGUGGAGGUGUCCCCGCCCCCCUCCCUGGAUUUGCCCGAAACACAGCCGCUUCCUCUUUCAGACGGACCACACUCGCCCCCCCGGGGAGUACCCUCACCCCCUCUAAGAACUCUCCCCGUUCCUCCCCUGUCCCCUCUCCCGGACCCUCACCCCUCAGCCGGGCGGGGUCGUUGAGACACCACAGGGUGACCCCCGCGGGCCCCCCAGGCACAGACAACCCCAUCAGGAGAACACAAAGUAUCAAAGGACCCCUCCGCGCCCCGACCCCCAACCCCCUGCCCCCACAGACCCUCCCUGACUCGCUGGCGCACCCUAAAGGGCAUGCAGGGAAAAACAGCAGCAGUUUCUCUGACAAGUCCACCCACUACAGAGACUCCAGUAAAGCACUGAAACCCACCUGGAGAUAGAGGCCUAGUUCCAAUACC